UGUUACCUUCACAAUUUUCCAAACAAAGAAAACUAAGUCCUAGACACAAAAUGUCUAAACAAAGAAAAAUGAGUCCUUCUUCAUUCCUAUUGUUCUUCCUCACAAUCAUCUUAUGUUCUUUCAAUCAAUUUGUUGAUGCCAACCAUCUCAUCCAACAAACAUGCAAGAAUUGCUCAAAAAAUGAUCCCAACAUAAGCUACAAAUUUUGUACAACAUCUUUUCAAUCGGACCGUAGGAGCCAAUGUGCCCAAAAUCUUGAAGAAUUAGGUCUCAUAUCUAUAAAGAUAACAAGGCACAAUGUGACAAAUACUUGUGAUUACAUCAAAGAUCUUUUAAAGAAGAAAGAUAAAGAUCCAUUUAUCAAAGAAUGUUUGAAUGAUUGUCUUGAUGUAUAUUCUGAUGCUAUCACAACUUUUAGAGAAGCAAUUAGAGAUUACAAGGCAAAACGUUAUGAAGAUUGUAAUUUUAAGCUAAGUUCUAUUAUUGAUGCCUCAACAACUUGUGAAGAUGGAUUCAAGCAAAAGAAUGAUGUGACUUCACCAUUGACAAAGAGAAACAAAAAUGUUUUUCAACUUUCUGCCAUAGCACUUUCAAUUGUUAACAUGCUCAAUGUGGAUAAAUUAAACGAUGGUACAUUAUGAUUAUUAAUUUUCAUGUUUGCAUGGUUUAGGAUAUAAUUAUCAUUAUAUAAUAUUAUAAUCUCUUGUAAAAAGUAUUAUAAUUAGAGGAGUAUAUAUUUUAUUUUUUAUAUAUAUGUAUGUGCUUGUAUUAAGCGCUCGGAUAGAUUGUAUUUGUGUCAUGUGUGUCUAUAUAAUGUUAGGUAUAUUUUAAUGAGACAUUAUAUCUUUUAGUAUUUUAAUAAAAUUAAUAAAUUUUGGUUUAAGUUUUAAUUUUUA